CGGAUAACCACGCGGUAUGGAAUCAGUCUGGAAUCAAUCACAGCGCAUGAUUCCACACUAUGAUUCCACACUAUGAUUCCAUACUGUGGCGUUGCAGUGCCGCUGUGGCGGAGGGGCCUUCAAUUGUCUGCCACCCCACCAACCAAAAGUCGUUGACGCAACAGCCGUCGCCGAGCUUCCUUGCCGUCAGUGGUCACGGGCCCUGUAAAUAUCCUUCAGGGAUCCUAUUUGUCACUGACCUCACCACCCCUCCAACGUUGUGACAUUCGAUUGAGACGCACGGUAUCGAGACGGCAACGCAGUUCCCUUAUUUAAACCUCCCGACUCCCAGCUCAGGCCCCUUUCUGCCUCGCUUAUCAUUGCAAAAUACUUGUUCAAACUAGCAAACCCGCCGACUACCAACCGGUGAGAAACUUACAAAAGACAAGACGGUUGACGAAUUGCAAAUGCGAUUCUCACCCUUCAUCUCCACGCUCGUAUACACGUUCUCCAACCUUACCCGUGUUCGCGCCGCGCAGUAUCCUGGGGCCCUCCCCCCCCUCGCUACCUCACGCCCGCUCCGCGCUUCUAUGCCCUCGAUCCCGUUCUUUGGCGCUCUAUUCGGCUCUUCCGCCUCGCAGCAGGACAAGAUGUCGUAUUCUGUCAAGAAAUCCGACGAUGAGUGGCGGGCUGUCUUAAACAAGGAACAAUUCCGCAUCCUCCGCGAGAAGGGAACCGAGCCCGCGGGCUCCGGAAAGUUCGAUAAGCACUACCCCGAGGAGGGUGUCUACGCCUGCGCCGGGUGCUCCGCGCCGCUGUACAAGGCUUCGCACAAGUUCAAAUCGGGCUGCGGCUGGCCAGCCUACUUCGACUCGCUGCCCGGCGCCGUUGAGCGCCAUGAGGACCGUGCCUUCGGCAUGUUGAGAACGGAGAUUGUUUGCUCCAAUUGCGGCGGCCACCUGGGGCAUGUGUUCAAGGGCGAAGGCUUCGACACACCCACGGAUGAGCGGCAUUGCGUCAACAGUGUAAGCUUGACGUUCUCGCCCGAUGAGAAGAAGGCCAGCGAGGGAAGUGGCGAGGGUGCGAAGGGCGAAAGUAAGGUUUGAGGCUCGAUGGAUGGAUCUAUCAAUGAAUUGGGGUGAUCUGUCUAGGGCGUUGACGAUGGCGAGGUUUGGGUCGGUGUUGUGAUGCUGAGAGGGCGCCAGGGGGGCAUGCAUGAGAUGCUACUAUAAGAUUGAAGACUACGGUUUCGAAUGUUUUUACAUCAACGGACAUGGACGAGGUAGCCAAAAACAUUGCGCAAAAAGACCAUAGUCGUCGAAUCUGACACUCAACCAUAUUGGCCAAGUGUCUGUCUCAGUGAUUUUCCAAACUUUCUGCCUUGUAUUUUAUUGUUAUGACCGUGCCGUUUUCCUCGCAUCAUCUUUGGUGACGGAUAGGUUUGGGAUUGGCACGACUUUGCCAAUGAAUUACUAAUACAUUACUUGUCGCCCAGACCAAGGGCCUAACCAUGC